AAAGGCUUUAAAUUUAUAUUUCUUUAAAUCUUCUUUCUUUUUUCUAUCACAUCAAGAAGACAGAUGCAACGUUUCUGUAAUAAAUUGCUGGAAAUAUGCAAACAUAUGGGGGGCAAGAUUGAUUAAAAGGCAACUUGAUUAGAUUGGCUUUUUACCAUACCAAAAUUUCUGGAGAAAUCCUCUCUGUUCUUGCUUCAUGAAUUCCAAGCUUGAAAUGGACGAAGAUCCUUGUGGCAUUAACAGGAAGCUUUACAUGAACAAGAGAAAAUUCCAUCAUGGAAGUUUAGACCUUCCUGUGUCAAAACACGCCUGUUUCGAGAAGAGCUCUAAUGCAGAAACUUGUUUUCCAUCCAACAUCCAAUCUGAUAUUGAGGACUUAAGAAACAGUAGAAAAGAGAGGUCAACUUAUAAUAGUCACUCGAUAGAUGAUCAAAUAGAACAAGGGUCGGAAAAAGAUAGCAACAGCUUUUCUGAAGAUGCAGACUCAGUCAUGUCUGUAUCAAUCGAUUCUAAAAACGAGCUGCAUUAUCUCAAGAUUUGUCCACCGGAUCAGAACUCUGAUGCAUCUGUUAAUUGGGGUAGCAGAUUCUUUGAUUCUAGUGUUAAUUAUCUUGACCGAUCGGAGACAAAAGCAUGUGAUGAAAAUUUUAUGAACCCCGCUUACAAUGUGUACGAAUCUCCAAGUUUUGAGGAGCAGCAGAUGGAUUGUGGAAACAUUGAUGAAUUUGAUAGCUCGGAAUACAAAAAUGGCGGCACCAAGCCACUGGACGAUUUGUUUUGCUCCGAUGGAGUCAUCCCAGAUAAUUUCGUACUUUCAUCAGGAAGAUGGAAUGUCAACCAAGAUACCGAACAAGGCACCGAGAAAAUGACCAUUGAUAAAGAAUUUGAGCAGUAUUUUUCGAUGCUUAUGCUAUAGCAAAGAUGAUCGAGUAUGAACGAGGUAAAAUGUACAUGAUUGUUGUCAUUUUCGUUGUAUGUAAUAUAUUUCAUACGAUGGACGGACUUUAGCUUGAUUUCCCACCACCACUAAAAAAGCAACACGUGUAGAAGGUUUUUGGGGCGUUUAAUUUC